AUGAAUCGCUCACAUUUUCUGCUGCUGCUUCUUUCAUCCAUCCUCUUUCUCUCAUUUACUCUUGGUUUUGGGAGAGUUGCAAUGAUGGAGACAGAUGGAGAUGAAGAUUCUUCUAAACAACUCAUGGAUGGUGAUAGGAAAAUGAGUGAAGUGUAUGAUGAAAUAAUGGAUUAUUCAGAGCCAGAGCCAAAUACCAAUCCCAAGAACGGCUAUAAUUUAUCACCUCCACCAGCAGCUAUUGUUUCUCCACCACCUCAGGCUUAA